AUGGAAGAAAUCCCAAUAUCUUCAUCUGGAACAUCCGGGUUCAGUUUACAAUCAUCAAAAGAAAGUAGAUAUGAAGAAUUAAUUGAUGUUCCAUUUACACAGACUUUAGAGAAAAAUCUAAUUUCUUUAUUUAAUUAUUUUGACAUGUAUUCUCCACGCCUGCAAGUAUUUCUAAAGGUGAUAACUAUUGUUAGAUUCUUUCAGCUUAUAGGUCCUGCCUUCAUGGCUUCAAAUAACGAUAUUUUCAAACCAGGAACGUUAACUUACAAUACCAUGAGCAUAAUCAACAUAUUAUUUCACAUUGUCCCACCUAAAUACAGUUUGAAUAAGGAAUAUAUCAUAUUGUUUGUGUUUGAUGCAAUAUUGUUCUUGAAUUUAAUUUAUUUAGUGGCAACAGCGUUUAGAUACAAAUAUACAAGCAAGGUUUCUAAAGUAUCAACAAUACUCCUAUCUAUAUUUAUGUCUUCCGUGCCGUUCUAUUUGCUUCCUAUAUGUUCUCACUUUACUGGUGAAUUAAUUUCAAGGUACAUUGCAGGAAAAGCAGUAACAGAUGCCAAGUAUAUAGUUGCAAUUAUCCUCACAUUAAUCAUCAUCUUACUUUACCCGUGGAUUUUCGUUGAAACUUAUACAAAUACAGUUAUAUUCAGAGCAUCUUCAUUCCAAACACUAGAAGGAGGACCACAGAACAAACUAUUGAUUACAACUAUUAUCAUUUCAUUGAUCUGUUCGUUGAAUACAUGCUUAACUUCCAUUCCAUCGUUAAUUAUUUUAAUUAUUAGCAUAAUUUUAUAUGCAUUUAAUAUGACAACAUGCUUCAGGUGUGGUACAUUCAUAAGACUCGAAGACCAAGCCUUAGCAUUAACUGGAUCUAUUAUUGGAAUACUUCUUUGUGCUGCCUCAAUUGCGCCCGUAAUGGUCUCAAAUUUUGUAUGGAAUGAAAUUUUCUUUAUCGUUUUCAUCGUAAUUUUGAUCGUCACGUUUUCUCUAACUUAUUUAUUUGUAAAGAGAAGAGCAACAAAGGACUUAUUAGUUCUUGAUCAGAUCACAGAGACAAAUGAUAUAGACCUUGUCCGUUCUCCUGGAAAGUUCAAACAGUUAAUAAUUUCCGGAUUUAUGUACAAUCAUCAGAUUUGCAUUGAUUUCACUUUAUUUAAACUUGCUGUUGAGAAAUGGCCAGAGAAUGCCAGUAUCUGGUUUGUCUAUGCCAAGUUUGCUGCAAUUUAUCCGGAGAAUAUUAAUAAUUUGGCUUUUAUCUAUCAAAACGUCAACCAAUUCAAGACAGAUCAACACCUACAGAAGAUCAUACUUACUAACCUUCAAAUGAUUACGAAUACGCGUGAACAAAGCUUUACAUCGGAAAUCAAAAAUAAAAUCUCGAAGAUCCAAAAGAAUUUCAACAAAACAAAGAACAGAUUACGUAAUAUAUGGGAUCUGAUACUUCAAGGUUCCAAUAGCGAGAUGUUUCAUUCGAUCAAAUCUGCAUAUGUUUCAGUUGUCGAAUGUGAGAACGAAGCCAACCAUUUAAAGAUGCUUUAUCCCAAUAACAAGUUCAUUCUUCGUCAAUACGCUCGUUUUCUUUACGAAAUCAAAGGAGAUCCUUUAACAUAUAAAAAUACAAUGGAGCAAGUUACUAAACUACAAAGAGGAAUCAGAAUAACAAGCGAUGUAGUCCAUGAUCUAAGCAUUGAAGCCUUUCCUAACCUUCCCGACGUCUCAUUAGAAUCUCAACCAUCAGAUUCAGGACAAAACAUCGAAACAGAGUCAUUUAACAUUGAUGAUACAUCAUUAGAAGAUGAUUUGAUUGUUAAUUCCAUAAAUUCAUUGACCAGACAACUUAAUUCCCACAAAAUUCCAUCAAUUCAAUUCAUGUAUUUUUCAACAAUAAUUUUAUUUUUUGUUUUAUCAAUUUUACCAUUUAUAAUCAUGAGAAUUUGUUAUAUUUACUUCUCCAAUGAACUUAAAGAUCCAAUAAACUACAUGCAAGGCAUUGCUUUCAUGAGGAAUUUAGUGAAUACGUUGCCUGCUUUUACAGGAAAAUUAUUAUUACAAGAAAUAAAAGAUCCAAAAAAUUUAUCACAAGUUUUGAUGCCUCCUGCACAAUUUGAUCCAGGAUUUACUUAUAUGGCUUAUUCAGGGAAUGAAUUAACACGCGAUAUCUUGAAUUACAUGGCUCAAAGUAUAUCAGAUGCGAAUACUUUGAUUUAUCCAUUGAGAAAUUUCAAAUACAACAAUAAAUUUGUUGAUAAAGUUCGUGAUGAUUUAUUUAGUCCGAAAUUGACAUUUUAUUAUUAUUUGAAUAAUACUUAUAAUACUUCUAGUGAUUCUAGUAGUUACCAAAUUAGUUAUUUGAUUGGUACUUCCGUUGGAAAACUUUUAGAAACUUAUCCUGUUUUGAAUGUUGAAGCUUCGAAAUCAAGUAAUUGUUUGACAAUUAGAAACAACAACAAAUUGAUAACUACGGAAACAAGUGAUGCUUUGGAUAGAAUGAUUGAUUAUAUACAAGAGUUUUAUGAUUAUUGGAGAAAAGCUUUGAUUAUUUGUUUGAUUUGUUUGAUAUUUAUUUGUAUCUUAGUUUAUUUCGUUGUUUUUUCAUUACAAAUAAGAAAAGUAAGACAAAACAAAGACGAAAUAAUCAAAGUUUUCAGUGAAUUGCCAAAAACAAUGAUAUCCAGUGUUUCUUCUUCGUUUUCUAAAUCAAAUGAUAAAGGAUUGACAACAACAAUGUCAGUAACUUUGUCUCAAAAAGAUAUAGAAGGAAACAGACAAGAAGAAUCAAUAAUCAAACUGUUUUCAAGUAUUUCUGAUGGUGUUUCCGCGAAUUCGGAAUAUUUUAAUUUGUUUUGUUUCAUUUGUAUCGUUAUUAGUAAUUGUGUUGGAUAUUUCUUGACUAUUAAUUGUUUCUUGAACUCUUCUAGAACUGUAUAUAGAGAUUGCCAUCAAAUCAAUUAUCUCUAUGGUUCAAUUACUUUCUUUUUCUCAAUGAUGGCGAGAUUGUUCAAAAUAAUUUUGCAGAAACAUGAUGAAAUUUUCGAAGACACUGUAAUUGAUACUGAACAAGAAAUAGAAGGUAUAGAAGUCUAUUUACCAAAACAAUUGGAAUACUUCCACAGAGUAAGAUUUGGCAAUUUGACUGAUGACGAAUUGCCUUUCGAAGGAAUGAAAAAUGCUUUGGAUAAAGCAAAUAAAAUUUUGGCGUGUAGAAUUGGAUUACAACCACCGACAACUGUUAGAGAUUCUGUUCAUUGUUUCAGUGUAGAAGCACAGAUGUAUACAGCUCUUUCUUAUCUAAAGAGAAUUGUUAACUUCAUGAGACAAUCUCCUCCUCAUUGGCCUCAAGCAAGAGGUGAAAACAUUAUUGAUAUUUGGCAAAUUGGUCCUUUGGAGUUAUAUGAAGCUUUGUUUUAUAGAGCGGGAAUUGCUUUGGUUCCUAACAUGGAAAAGAAAGUAAACAGACAGGAAACGAAGUUAAUAACAUUUGUUGUUGUUUUCAUUGUUAUUUCUGCUUUGUUUACUUUGUUUAUGAUGAUUUCCAUUAAAAGUGAAGAAGUUUUGAUGAAAUUCACUUUGUGGCAAUUCUUGAGAUGUCCAAUUUUCACAAUUAUUAAUGACCAGAAAGUAAUGAAUUUGAUAUCAGGAAGUUACAACAAAAUCAAGGAUAAUAAUAAUGAUAAAUACUCAGGAUUCUCAAAUGAAGUUGUCAACAGAUUAAAUGAUGUUGUAAUUGUAUGCCAAGAUGAAACAGGAAAAGUUCUUUCUGUUAACAAUGCUUUUGUAGAAAUGUUUAAUACGAAAGAAAGUGAUUUUGUUGGUUCUAACAUAAAAGAUUUCUUUGUUCCUGAAAGAUUCAAAAGCGAAAAACUACAUAGAAUGUUUACAACAGGAACUGAUGUUGUCUACAAGAAAGAAGAUGGAACUAAAGUUUACUUGCAGUUCAUUACUUCAACUGUUUGUGGAAGAAGAAUCUUUUCAGGAAGAGAUCAGACACAAAAUGUUUUACAUGAGAAAUUGAUUGAAGAAGAGAAGAAGAAGUCAGAUGCAAUGCUUGCAUCUAUCCUUCCAGCGAUGCUUGUUCCACGUGUUCAAGCAGGUGAGAAGAACAUCUCAUUCAGUGUUCAGUCAGCUACAGUCCUCUUCUUAGAUGUUGUUGAGUUCACACCAUGGUGUGGUAGCCAUGAUGCACAGUAUGUCAUGCGUAUGCUUAACAUCAUGUUCAAAGAGUUCGAUGCUAUCACAAAUGCACACAAGACAAUGACAAAGAUCAAGUGCAUUGGUGACUGCUACAUGGCCGCAGGUGGCAUCUUCGACGAAGUUAACCAACCUGCAGUCCAUGCUAAAGAAGUUGUUGACUUCGGCUGCUUAGUCAUCAAGAAACUUCUUGACAUUGACGAGAAAGAGAACGAGAAGCUUCGUAUCCGUGUUGGCAUCAACACCGGUGGUCCUAUUGUUGCCGGUGUUAUUGGUACAGAGAAACCAACAUUCGAAAUUCUUGGUCCAGCAAUCAACAUCGCACACGAGAUGGAGAACAAAGGUGUUCCAAUGAAAGUCCACAUUUCACGUCCAGUCUAUGAACUUAUCUAUGGUCAACAGUUCGACAUCAAAGAACGCGGCGAAAUUGAUGUCAAAGGUGGCAAGAUGUUCACAUAUCUUGUCGAACCAUAA